AUGGCUGAACCAAUGGAUGUUGAUGCUCUCUCACCCAAGGUGGUCAACAAGAUUGCUGCUGGCGAGAUCAUCGUCGCCCCUGUCCACGCCCUCAAGGAGCUCAUCGAGAACGCCGUAGACGCAGGGUCCACGUCACUCGAGGUGCUUGUCAAGGAAGGGGGUCUCAAGUUGUUGCAGAUCACAGACAAUGGCAGCGGCAUCCAGAAAGAUGAUCUGCCCAUUCUCUGCGAGCGCCACACCACAUCCAAGAUUACGUCCUUCGAGGACCUCACGUCCAUCGCGACCUACGGCUUUCGGGGCGAAGCCCUCGCCAGCAUCAGCCACAUUGCCCACUUGUCUGUCACCACCAAGACGAAAGAUUCAGCCGUCGCCUGGCGCGCUCAUUUCCUCGAUGGCAACCUCGUGCCGGCGAAACCGGGCCAGUCGGCUGAGCCUAAGAAGGUAGCCGGCCGCGACGGGACGCAGAUCAGUGUGGAGGACCUCUUUUUCAACAUACCGACACGACGGCGUGCCUUCCGCUCACCGUCUGAGGAGUACAACAAGAUCAUCGACAUGGUCGGCCGCUACGCCAUACACUGCCAGGGCGUCGCCUUUUCUUGCAAGAAGCAGGGCGAGUCGGGCACGAGCGUCUCCGUGCAGGCAAGCGCCUCGACGACUGAUCGCGUGCGUCAGAUCUAUGGUUCCAGUGUGGGAAACGAGCUGAUUGAAUUCGCAACGUCCGACGAUCGCUGGGCUUUCAAGGCCGACGGCCUGGUGACGAAUGCCAACUAUCACAUCAAAAAGACGACGUUCCUGCUCUUCAUCAACCAUCGCUGUGUGGAGUCGACGACCAUCAGAAAGGCCAUUGAGCAGGUAUAUGCCACUUUCCUUCCCAAGAAUGGUCGCCCCUUCAUCUACCUGAGCCUGGAGAUUGACCCGGCUCGUGUCGACGUCAACGUUCACCCCACGAAACGCGAGGUGCACUUUUUGAACGAAGACGAAAUCAUUCAGGUAGUGUGUGAGCAGAUUCGUACCAAGCUAGCGGACGUAGACACCAGCCGAACCUUCAUGACCCAGACCUUGCUGCCGGGCGCACAGUGGACCGAUGCGGCGUCAAAAUCAGCAGUCCAAGACGGUGAUGGCGGUCCUCCAUUGGCGGCGACAUCGGGAUCCAGUCGGCCGCGUAGGAAUUCUAAGAAUCUCGUGCGAACCGACACAUCCCUCCGCAAGAUUACAAGCAUGUUCACUGCAGUACCGGCAACUGACCAGGACGAAAACAACACGGCAGCGGGAGACGACGAUGUCCUCGCUGCGCCCGAGAACAUCCAGUACGCGACAGUGGACAAGGAGUCUACGGUUUGCCGUCUCAGCAGCAUCAAGGAGCUUCGAGCUGCCGUCCGAGACGACAUGCAUCACGACUUGACCGAGGUGUUUGCCGGUCACACGUUUGUCGGAAUUGUUGAUGAACAGCGGAGGCUGGCGGCCGUUCAAGGCGGGGUCAAGCUGUAUCUGAUCGAUUACGGCUUCGCAUGCUUUGAGUACUGCUACCAGAUUGGCCUGACCGACUUUGGCAACUUUGGCUCCAUACGCUUCAGUCCGCCGCUAGACCUCAAGGAGCUGCUGCGGAUCGCCGCACGUCAGGAGAAGGCAGAGGUCCAAUCACCCGAAGAAGAUUUCGAGGUGGAACAUGUCGUCAGACGCGUGGCAGAGCAAUUGAUUGAGCGCCGAGAGAUGCUGCUCGAGUACUUCUCGCUCGAGAUCACACCGACGGGCGAGCUCAGGACGAUGCCGCUGCUCAUCAAGGGAUACACGCCGCCGCUGGUGAAGCUGCCGCGGUUCCUGCUCCGGCUGGGCCCGUAUGUCGAUUGGACGAGCGAGACGGCGUGUUUCGAGACGUUUCUCAAGGAGCUCGCGUCAUUCUACGUGCCGGAGAAGCUGCCCCCGCGCAAAGGGCGUGCAGACAGCAGCGAGAAUGCAGAGGUGACCACGAGGCGCAAGAACAUUCGGUGGGCGGUUGAGCAUAUUUUCUUUCCCGCAUUUAAAGCACGCUUGGUGGCAACGAAGCCACUGAUGAAAGGCGGCGUGCUGGAGGUCGCGGAUCUAAAGGGACUGUAUCGCGUGUUUGAGCGGUGUUGA